UCCCAAACAUUGAUUUUUCGUUAUUGGACGCCAGUGAAUGCUGCCAAAUUGGCCUAACGCAAGCCAAAUUUGUUAACAACAACUAAAGGAAUUUAUCGGCUAACAAAAAUGAGCGGCGACGACGAAAGCUGCAGCGAAAAGCAGACGCUCAACUUGUCCAAGCAGCAGCUGAAGAAGGUGCCAAAACAGGACGAUGCCCAGAAUAUACGCAAGCUAAUCCUCGACGAGAACGAACUGCAGAAGAUCGACAACAUUGACUCGUAUCUCAAGAUCGAAACGCUGUCGCUGAGCAAAAACCAGCUGCUUCGGAUGUAUGGCGUCUGUCGACUGCACUGUUUACGUGAGCUGAAUCUCUCCUUCAAUGGCAUACUUUCCAUUGAGGGUCUGAAGGAGUGCGUCCAUUUGCGUCUGCUGAAUUUGGAGGGCAAUAACAUUAAGACCAUCGAGCAUUUGAAUACGAAUGUGAAUCUGGAGUCACUGAAUCUGGCGGACAAUAGCAUUGGCAGCAUCUCGGAUGUGUCCUAUUUGCGUUCACUGCGCGAACUUAAUUUGCAGGGCAAUCGUUUGACGCAUCUGCGCCAGUGUGACAAAUAUUUGCCCGUCUCGCUGGAGACGCUAGCGCUGGCCAAGAAUAGCAUCAGUGAUUUGAAUGAGAUUUGCACGCUGUCGCAUUUGAGCAAUCUGCUGAGCAUCUCCAUAACGGAGAAUCCGUGUGUGACCAUGACACUGGGACCAAAUAGCACGGAUGGCUUUGAUUAUCGUCCCUUUGUGCUCAACUGGUGCAUGAGUCUGAAGUUUAUCGAUGGCUACGUUGUCGAUCCCAUUGAGAGCCUCAAGGCCGAGUGGCUUUAUAGUCAGGGCCGUGGUCGCCAAUUUCGCGUCGGGGAACAGGCGCCACUGGCCAAAUAUUUGAGUUCGGUGUGCCCGCUGGUGGGCAAAGCGCUGGAGAAUGAAAAUGAUCGCAAGUUGAGGCUAAUCUUGAGCAAGGCGCAGCAUCAUCAGCGACAGCUGCAGGAGGAGAUCCUGGACAAUGCAAAUAGCUCGGCAAACACAUCGCCAUCCUCGCAUCGCAAGAAGCCAACGAGUCGCAUUCAAUCACCACGCUUUUCGCGACUGAGUGGUCGUCAGGGCUCACCCGAGUCCAUGGCGAAUAGCUAUCAUGGGAAUAGCUGCAACAAUAGCAUCAGCAGCGACAAUGGCAUCUCGAAUCAUGCGCUGCAAAUGAGCACAUCUCUGAUUGAGAAUAUUCGGAAUGAUGGCGAUAACUUCUCGCUGGCCAGUCUGUCCGGCAUGUCCAGCAGCGUGACCACCAAAACCUAUAAUUCAACUGAAUCAACGCCUCGCAACAUAACGCCAAAUCCCUACAACGAGCAACAGUACAUUGGCCAGACUCCUGCUGGGGGCCCCUUGGCUGCUGCCUCUAAAAUGGUGCCAGUGCCGGAGACGCUGAUGAGUCCCGAUGUUUGUCCCGCCGCCGUUGCCCAGCGUGUCACCGUCACAGCGCUCAGCUCGUCGCAGCUGCACAAAACCAAAGUCACAAAGAACAAAGACAACAAACUGAAUUUGCCGCGUGUGCGCAGUCCACAAAUGCGACGCAUUCAGAGUCCCACAAGCAGUCCACGCAAAACAGAUCGCCCGCAAAAUCAGCAGCAGCAACAGCAACAACAGAUGACUGCAACUGCAACUGCCACAGCGACAACAACCGAUGCUGGUGGCUUCAGCACCGAUGACGAUGGCGAACAGAUCAACAUUGAGAAACUAAAGACCAUACGGAAAAUGGCAGCACAGCGACAGCAGCAGCUGGACAACAACAAUCUCAAUUGUACGGAUCGUCUGAUAGAGCAUGUGACUGAAUCCUCGGCGGUGACCAUACAGAAAAUGUGGCGUGGCUAUCAUACGCGCAAGAAAACCAAAGACAUUGCCGAGAAGCUGCACAAACAGCGCACACACGAGUACAUCGACAAACUCAAUAAGGACAUGCUGCUGACGAAGGCGCAGUUGCAGAACGAGCGCAAGAUUCAACAGCUGCAGAUGCAGGCCAUCAAUGCGCUGUGGAAAAAGGUGUCCACCAUGCAGGUCGAACCCAAAGCUGAACAGGCUGAGAACAAUACUGAGGAUGCUGGUGGCAGCACCACCAGCAGCAGCAAUCCAGGACAACAACAAUCUCAAGUUUGUUUGGAUCACAAUUCGGCUGCGGUUGUCAAUGAUUUGGCCAAGCGUUGCACUCUGCUCACGGAUCAGGUGCAACAGCUGCAGAGCUCCAUUGGCACCAUUGUCAAUUGUCUGACCAUGGUCUGCAAUUUGCCGCAGGAUGCGCUGCGCAAGCACAUCAAUUCCUCGGACGGUGAGGAUACGGACUAUAACAAUUUUGAGCCAAGGGACACAAGCUCCACGCAAACGGAUCUGAUUGCUGUUCAUACGCCACAAUUUGAGGAUUUGAGCAAUUUUCCGUUUACGAAACUAAGACCAUCAACACUGGCGCUGGAAUCCAAGCAUGAUGCACUGCACGAGGAGGAGGCGACUGAGGCGACGGCGUCUGCGACUGCGCAGGAGGAGCAUAAGGAAAAUAUUGAGAUCUGUGAUGCACAGGAGUAGAAUUUAUUAGCCCCACGACAAAAAGCUUUCCACAAUAACAUAAAAAAAAAAUAGAUCUCAGCGCGCUUUUUAAUUCGUAGGCUUUUUAAGCUUUCUGCAAGCAAUUUUAAUUUUUGGUUACAACAAAGAAAACGCCGCAAAACAAUUGAUGUAUUUUUUG